UUCUGCUUGACAAGAGAGAAAACAUGGCAUCUGCAGGUCUCCAGAUUUUGGCCACCUUCCUGGCAAUCAUCGGCUUUCUUGGAGACAUCAUCAUCUGUGCUCUGCCCAUGUGGAAGGUGUCUGCUUUCAUUGGAAGUAACAUUAUCACGGCACAGACCUAUUGGGAGGGCCUGUGGAUGAACUGCGUGAUGCAGAGCACGGGCCAGAUGCAGUGUAAGGUCUACGACUCCAUGCUAGCUCUGCCCCUCGAUCUUCAAGCUGCCCGCGCCCUGGUUGUGAUCUCCAUCUUGGUGGCCUUAAUGGGAAUCAUGCUAGCCGUUGCAGGGGGAAAAUGCACCAACUGCAUUGAAGAUGAGGAGGCCAAGAGUAAAGUAGCCAUUGCUGCAGGUGUGUUCUUCAUCGUGAGUAGUAUCCUGUGCAUCAUCCCUGUGUCCUGGUCUGCCAACACUGUCAUCAGAAACUUCUACAACCCCAUUAUGAACGACGCUCAGAGGAGAGAGCUGGGAGCCGCGCUGUUCAUCGGCUGGGGAGCAUCAGGACUUAUGCUGAUUGGAGGUGCACUUCUUUGCUGCCAGUGCCCGAAGACUAAGGACAGCGGAUACUCAGCCAAAUACUCUGCCCCACCCUCCGCACCCAGUGGAGGAGCCUAUGUUUGAGUAUACUUUCUCUAGGAAACUGGACUGACCUAUAAUGUUUAUGCUGUUAAC